AUGGAUAGUGCAGAUACCGAAGGUGUGAAUUUAUUGCCCCCAGAACAAACGGCAAACCAUAUUCCCCCAAUCGUGUUAGACGAGUUCAGUGGCGACUGGGAUAAGAUAAAAGAGAGAAUACAGGAAGAUUUAAAAAUUAAAAGUUACAAAGCUGGAAUGAAAGAAGAUACCCUAACCAUUCGAGCAAAAACCCUGAUGAUUAUAGAGCGAUCACAGAAACAUGUAUGGAUGUGCAUUCGAUGUGCAGAAAGGUAUCCGCAACUAUCGGCGAAUUCCCCUGCUUCAGAUUCGAACAUCAGUCGUGAUGGAGUGCCUGUAGAUAGGAAACGACGAACAUCAGAAAUUGCUAUGCAACCUGUUGACCCUCGCAUGGCAGGGCAGACACCAACUCCAAGAGGAAGGUCAGAUAGCCUUCCAUCACAGAGGCCUCGAAUGCCUGUGCAACAGAGACAACCUCAGCAAGGCCCACAAAUGAGACAGGAACAUCAACAACCUCGACAGCAAUAUCCAGCUGAUGAUUCCCAAAUACGACAGCAAAGUUCCUCGCCACGAGCUCAACAUCCCCAAUCGCAAACUUUACCAAGACCCCGGCAUCCUGGAGACCAUCAAAGACCCCAACAUCCAAAUGAACAAAAAGUACCUCCACAUCCAAAUGAACAGUUAAGACCUCAGCGUCCGAUGCAGCAACCAAGAGAUCCUUCGAAGGAACAACAGAAACAUCCAUAUUCUCCUGAGCAGCAGAGACUUCAACAACAAGCAGAGUAUCAAAGAUCACAGCAUCCAGUAGAUCACAGGAAAACACAGCAUCUUACCGAGGAACAGAGAUCUCAGAUGUCACCAGAACAACAAAGGCAGCACAAUUUAGAGCAGCAAAAAGCACUUCAGGGAGCUGUAAGGUCUCAGUAUCCUCCAGAACAACAAAAACAACAAAAUCAGCUGGAGACGCAAAGGCCACAGCGCUCUUCAGAACAGCAGAGACCUCUGCGUCCUACGGAACAGCCAAAUGCGCAAUCAAUGGACCAACAGAGGAAUCAACAUCCAAUGGAGCAACAAUGGUCUCAACAUCCUAUACAGCAGCAAAGACCACAGCAUCCAGCUGAACAACAGCAAAGGUUACCACAUCCAGCUGAACAGCAAAGGCCACAGCAUCCAUCUGAACAGCAACGAUCUCAGUAUCCAAUAGAGCAACAAAGGCCUCAGUAUCCUAUACAGCAGCAGAAACCUCAAUAUCCAGGAGAACAACAACGAUCUCAACACCAUGGAGAUCAACAGAGGUCACAGCAAACUAUGGAUUCCCAAAGAUCUCAAUAUCCUGUGGAUCAACAAAAACCUCAGCAUCCAGUGGAUCAACAAAGACCUCAACACCCAGUGGAUCAGCAAAGAUCCCAACAUCCAGCUGAUCAACAAAAACCUGAGCAAACAAUGGAUCAAAUCAGAGCUCAACACCCAAUGGAGUAUCCAAGGCCGCAGCAUCCGCCAGAACAACAACGGAUUCAACAUCAUACAGAUGUGCGACCACAGUAUGCCCCAGAUCAACACAGAAGUAUGCAAAUUAUAGAUUCCUCUAAAUCUAAGUACAAUGCAGAACAACAGAGACUUCCUCAUGUUAAAGACAUGUUAAAGAACCAAAUGCAUCCUAAUGAAAAAGACAGAGCUCAAACUUAUUCAGAUCAACAGCAAUCCCAAAUUAUUGGCGAUGAAGCUAUGCAACGUUCUCAACGAGAGCCUCAAAAUCGGACUGAUCAUUCUGUAAAUCAAAUGCAGCAUCCUUUACAAACAUCUCAACGAGCUGAGGAUCCAAACUCUCAUCACAUUGUUCAGUAUCCUACGGAUAAUAGUUUUGACUAUUCAAAGACAAAAACGUAUCAUGUUAAUGAAAUUCCAAAGCCCAGACCUCAGCAUCCUAUAGUGAACCCGCCACAAAAACCUGGUUUGGCAGCUGAUUUAUCGCCACCUGAACAACAUUCUUUGGAAUACGUUCAACAGAGAGCCAUUGUUCCUCAAGAUAUACACCAAACCCUCCCACCUCAAAGAAAUCAACGACUACGGCAGCCUCCAGAGCAACAAAUUAUUCCUAGACCACAACAUCCUCAACAACCUCCUGAAGAAAUACCUCGUCAUUCGCAAACAAAUGUGCAAAACAAUCGGAUAGAUGACAGCAAACACGAAGAGCUUUAUUUGCAAGAUAAACCUUCGCACAUUCAACAGUAUUCGAAUGACAAGCUGCCUCCAUCUAAAUCCCAACAUGCUCAACAAACUAAUAAUUCAAAAUUAACUAAUGGACAAAUAUAUUCCCCAGAAAAUUUUGGUGUUCAACAUUCAAAGGAAAUCUUACAAUUUCCGGCAGGAAAAGCACCCUGCAUAGAAGAUACCAAAAGAAAUCAGCAGGAAAAGUUCCGUCGCUUAGAAGGAAAACAACAGGAGCCAACAAAUGUACCUGAACCUUAUCCUCAUGAUAAAGUUUCGCAGCAUCCUCAAAGACAGCAUAAAACACAGUGCAGACCGGGUAAGGGACCUAUUCAAAACGAAAUUGUGGAACAACAAAAAUUAGAGCAAAAACAUUCCUUAAUGGACGAAAGGAAUGGUGUUUAUGUCAGUUUGAUGGAGCAAAAGAUACCUCAAGAAAACAUCCCAAUUUCAACUAAUCAGGAAAAGCAAAGGCAGCAUGCACAAUCUAUGACAAGAAAUGAGUUUUCAUCCCCUUCUCCACCAGCUACACUUCCCCGAACUAAGCCGCCCGAAGUACCACAGCCUGCAAUCAGGCCUGUCCGCCGAGAGAGGUCUUCAGGUAACCAGACGCUUCCUAGAACAGGGACGAAUCCUUUUCGAUCUGAAACGAAUCCCUUCCGAAGAGAAAGUUUACCUCAAGAUUUAGUCGACGCUGGUGAAUAUGUUACUGUGGCCCCACGUAGAGGCAGCCUUGAUGAAAGACUGCGGCUUGCAGGUGACCCAAAUCAGUUCAUGAAGACAUCUGAAGCUGGAGCCAUUCGUACUAUUGAGAGAGGUCUAGAACGACAAAGUUCCUUAGAGAAAAAGAAAAAUAGUGCAGCAGCAGAUAUUGGACAACAAGAAUAUCCAAACUCAAACAGGCAUUCGGAUGAAGAGCAGCGCAGGAAUGCAAUUAACAGUGGAGCUUGUCCUCCAGAGCCGACCGCUAGAAGGCAGCUGCCUCACGUGGAUCACACAAAACGUCCUCCGGGUAAUUCUUGUCCAGAGCAAGAGCAGGGAACACCACCUCCGAUUCCUAAAGCCCGAACUUCCUUGACAGAAACUCCGAUGUAUGUUGAGAGUAGGAAUGGCAUUCCUAGGACAGUGCCCUUGACAUCAUUGGCUCAAACUUUACAACAACAAAAUGACCAUUCUGUGAACUUGUAUAAAGGAUCGGAUGUAUCUGAAGAUUCACGAGAGAAAGAAAAGAGUUUUAUUAAUGAUUUGUCGCAGAUGAAUCAGUCUGGUGGCUCUCAGGGGCAAAUGAAGCUAGAUCAGGGUAAGAAAAGAGAAGAUCUCAUUCAGCCAAAUAUCGUAGAUAAUAGUAUGACAGCCGCAACCGAAGCUUCUAAGAUGAAUACUGAUAUUGAUCCUAAGCCUCGUACAGCACCUGCGCAACUGAGGCAGAAAGCCGAAAAAUCGCGUGAUCAGGCAAAUGCGGAAAGUCUUGAGCAGUCUCAUGUUUGGAAUGAUGGGAAAGUGGACCAAAGGAAGAGCAAACCUCUACCGCCGGAGGAUAACAUCCAAGAUCUAGAAGGAUAUCAGGACGAAGAAGAAGAGCAAAAUAUUGAUGACUAUUUUGAAAUGAUUGAAAAGGCAAUUACUAGACCGCAACCGCAAACUAUUGUUGGAGGGAAAAAGUCAUCGGAUAUUCAAAGACAGUUGUUGAACAAAGAAAAUGAAAAAGAACAUUCAAAGCCUUCAGGUUCUAAUCAUGGCUUACAAAGAGGGCAAGUAUCGGCUGCCCUUCGUCAAAUAGAUGCUUACAAUCAAAAUCAGGCUUAUCAUCAAAUGUCUUCCGCAAAACCGUAUGGUAAUGUUUAUGGCCAAAGAAGUGCACAGGAAAAUGUAAAAGAGAAGAAUGAUUUCAACAUGUACGAGCAAGAUAAAAUCUUAGCUUCAAAGAAAGAUUUUUACGAGAUGGACGAGGAUCACUACCCUACAAGAGAGAAAGAUACACAGUACAUCAUUCAACCAACUGAACAAAGGUACGCUCUACAAGCAGUUCAAGAAGACUAUGGAAAACCGAAACGAGAUUACGGAGGCAAAACGUAUGAUAAACUAUUGCUUCAUGAGCUCACUCCAGAUACGAGGCAGCCAUCUGCUAAGCAUUAUCUGGAAGAACAUAAAACACAGCCUGUUUCCUAUGAGGCUUUCAGUUCUGCUAAAGCCAUGCAGCAAACUCAGCCAGAUCCUAGGCAGCAGUAUGCAAUGCAAAUGCAGAUGAAUUAUUCACAGCAUGCAGCAGAAGGUGAUUCUAGGAAUUCAGCCAGUUAUUACUGCUCACAGCAGAACUCAGCUAAUUACUAUCAGGGUAGUGGACAGACGAAUGAUGGAUACGAUAGCGGCGAUUCUGGAAAAGGCGUCAAUUCAACGUCAGCUGCUAAACCAACUGCUAUCGAUUUGCAAAAUCAGAAAAAAACAAAGCCAAAACCAGAUCCUCAAGACUGGUCACCAGUUUCAGACUUAUCUCCAAUUCCAGAUGUUUCGCCAUCUAUCGAAGCAGCGGAACAGGAGUUGAUGGAAAAGUUCCAAGAAAAGCAUGUAAUAGAGGAUGAAGAUGAAGAUUUAUUGGAUGAUGAUGAUUCUCGCCUUUUGAAAGCAGGCUCUAUACCUAGGGCAACCAGUGGUACAAUAUCUGGAAUGCUGGAAGAGUUCAAUCGUGCACUUGGACUCCCGGGCACGUCUCCUUUAGAUGAUUCAGGUAUAAAGUCAACUGUGUCGCCAACAUCAGUUGCCAUGAGCCCAAUCACUGCUACCAGUGGGGGUGUGACAUCCAUCUCAAAUUUGCAAAAAGAUUACCAGGAGAGUUUCGGUUCCCCGCAGAAAGUAGCUCCUACCAGCUCUCCUCAGAAAACUCCAGCGCAGCCGACCACACCCCGACGUUCCCACCGGAGAUUGCCUCAACCUACUGUAGAGCAGAUGCAAGCAGCUGUCGCUAUGGCAGCUCAAGGACCUAGAGAGAAAACAACCGAAGCUCCAACUACGGUAGGGGCGUUAUUGUUCGGCGUGGAUCCUGGGCAGGCGCCGAGUGGACGGCCCACCUCACCUUCCACGAUGCCUUGGAAAAGCCCAGACAUGAGCCAGUCAUUCGAACAGGCCUACAAAGUGCAGAGUGGCAACCACCUGGUGACCGACACCCAAGGA